AUGACGACCGUGUUUGUUGCUGUUGGUAUAGCAUUAAUCCUUUAUGUAGGCUAUCGAUUAUAUCAACAUUUAUUUCCACCACCAAAUAUAAAUCCGCAUGGCAAAUAUGUUUUAAUAAGUGGAUGUGAUUCAGGUUUUGGUCAUGCGUUAGCUAUUGACCUUGAUAAACAAGGUUUUCAUGUACUAGCUGGUGUAUAUGAUCCGGAUAAUGAAGAACGUAUUACCAGUCAACUGUCAAGUCGAGCUACAGUUUUUUGUCUUGAUAUAACACAACAGCAAGAUAUAGAUGCUGCAUAUGAUAUUGUUAUAAAAAAAACUCAGACACUUCAUGCAUUAGUAAAUAAUGCAGGCAUUGGCAAAAGCGGUUUUAUUGAUUGGACAUCAGUUGAUUUUAUACGUGAAAUAAUGGAAGUAAAUUUUUUUGGUACUAUUUCAAUGACAAAAAAAUUUUUACCAUUACUUAUAACUCGACGUGGAUCACGUGUAGUUAAUAUGUGUUCAGUUUCUGGUUAUAUGGCUACAUCUGGUAUGGCAGCAUAUGCAAGUUCAAAAUUUGCAUUAGAAGCUUUUUCGGAUUCUUUACGUCGAGAAAUGUAUACAUGGGAUUUACAUGUAUCGAUUAUUGAACCGGGCUUUAUGAGAACACCAUUAAUUGAAGGAUAUGAACAUGCAUGUCGUAGUUUAUGGGCUGACCUUUCUGAUGAAGUAAGAAAUCGAUGGGGUGAAGAUUUUCUUCAUGGUUAUAUUCGAAAAUUAGAAAAGAAUCCUUUUAUUUUAAAUGCUGAAAAUCCUCAAAAAGUUAUUAAAGCAAUUCGUCAUGCUGUUAUGAAUAGUGCUCCACGUAUACGAUAUCGACCUGGAUGGCAAUCAAGUCUGUUCUUUUUUCCACUUUCUAUUCUUCCAGCUUGGAUAGCAGAUUAUUUCUUCAUAAAAACAAAAGGCAUGAAUGUUAUACCUGCUGGUGUUUUCAACCAACCAGAUUGA